CUUUCCUUCCAGUCUCUAUAAAAGGCGUUCACUUUCCUGAUUCUCUUCAGACUUAGUUUCCUCAGUCGCUCGGCAGACACAUAAGGUGCAGCCUGCAGCGCAGUCAGUGUAGCGGAGCUGUGUUCCUGGACAGGGAGCGAUGGGCGUCUUCCUGAUUUACUUCUUAUGUCUUCAUACGUGUUUUGUGCUCUCAGCCCCCGUAUAUGAAGACGACUCCUCUGUCGUUCAUGUUUCUGAGGGGCUUUACCAAGAGGAGGCAGACGACUCGGGGAGCGAUGAACCCAACCUGGAUGACGAUGCAGGGGACGCCUCAGAACCUGAUGAAGAUCUUCCAAUAGAAUCCAUGGACAGGAUCCAUCUAUCUGCCCCCGGAUAUGAAGACGACUCCUCUGUCGAUCAUCUUUCUGAGGGGCAUUCCCAAGUGGAGGCAGACGACUCGGAGAGCGAUGCAUCCGACCUGGAUGACGAUGCAGGGGACGCCUCAGAACCUGAUGAAGAUCUUCCAAUAGAAUCCAUGGACAGGAUCCAUCUAUCUGCCCCCGGAUAUGAAGACGACUCCUCUGUCGAUCAUCUUUCUGAGGGGCUUUACGAAGAGGAGGCAGACGUCUCGGGGAGCGAUGAACCCGACCUGGAUGACGAUGCAGGGGACGCCUCAGAACCUGAUGAAGAUCUUCCAAUAGAAUCCAUGGACAGGAUCCAUCUAUCUGCCCCCGGAUAUGAAGACGACUCCUCUGUUGAUCAUGUUUCUGAGGGGCAGUCCCAAGUGGAGGCAGACGACUCGGGGAGCGAUGAAUCCAACCUGGAUGACGAUGCAGGGGACGCCUCAGAACCUGAUGAAGAUCUUCCAAUAGAAUCCAUGGACAGGAUCCAUCUAUCUGCCCCCGGAUAUGAAGACGACCCCUUUGUCGAUCAUGUUUCUGAGGGGCUUUACCAAGAGGAGGCAGACGACUCGGGGAGCGAUGAACCCGACCUGGAUGACGAUGCAGGGGACGCCUCAGAACCUGAUGAAGAUCUUCCAAUAGAAUCCAUGGACAGGAUCCAUCUAUCUGCCCCCGGAUAUGAAGACAACCCCUUUGUCGAUCAUGUUUCUGAGGGGCUUUACCAAGAGGAGGCAGACGUCUCGGGGAGCGAUGCAUCCGACCUGGAUGACGAUGCAGGGGACGCCUCAGAACCUGAUGAAGAUCUUCCAAUAGAAUCCAUGGACAGGAUCCAUCUAUCUGCCCCCGGAUAUGAAGACAACCCCUUUGUCGAUCAUGUUUCUGAGGGGCUUUACCAAGAGGAGGCAGACGACUCGGGGAGCGAUGCAUCCGACCUGGAUGACGAUGCAGGGGACGCCUCAGAACCUGAUGAAGAUCUUCCAAUAGGACCCAUGGAUUUGCUGAUCUUAGGAUAAAUCACAUUUCCUGCCUCCUGUAACGGCUGCUAGAAGAUUGCGUCUCGCUCUUCAGGAACUAACGCGGAUCUGAAUAAACACCGUGUGAUGCUUCAUUUACCCUGCGGGGGGCGCUGCAGAGAAAUCCAAACCCCACAGAUUACAGCUGAUUGCUGAGGGUUGUACAGAAAUCAAUUUGAGCAAGAAAAUUAAAAUAAAAAUUUUCU